AUGAUGGCUCGCACAAAUACCCCGGCCCUCAGAGGCGCCCUUCGCAAUCUUCGCGCCCGCCCUCUAACCCUCCCACAACAAAGACUAUUCAGCGCCUCAUCCCGCUACCUAGCCACAGACAAGGACAAGCAAUCGCAACAGCCCUCCUUCAAAAGCCAGCUCUACGAAAGCACCCAGCAACGUCUCAAACGCGAGCGUGCCGAACAAGAGCGCUUCGCCCAAUACCAGCAAACCCAAUCUCCCGGCGGCCGCUAUGCCGCCCUGAUGUUCGCACUGGUCUUCUUCUCAUCAGGCGCAUACUACCUAGGCUCUCUAAAGCCAGCCUCCCUCCCCUCAACAUCAACAACAACGCUCAACGACCUCGACGCCCCACGCCACAACAUCACCCCAUCAAAUCUGCAAGCUGCCUGGGUCGACUUUGUCGAGAUCCUCGGCAAAGAAAAUGUCUCUACAAACGACGGCGACUUGACCUCCCACGCCGGCUCAGACUGGUCCUCCUACACCGCCAAAGAGACCGAAAAGCCCUUCCUAAUCCUCUACCCAUCCACCACAGACGAAGUAUCCCGCUGCAUGAAGAUCUGCCACGCCCGACUUAUCCCCGUGACGCCUUAUUCCGGCGGGACCAGUCUGGAGGGACAUUUUGCUUCUACGCGGGGUGGGGUAUGUAUUGAUUUCCGACGCAUGGAUCGGAUUCUUUCGCUUCAUAAGCGUGAUCUUGACGUUGUUGUUCAACCUGCGCUUGGCUGGGAGGAUCUUAAUGAGGAACUUGCUAAGGAUGGGCUUUUCUUCCCCCCGGAUCCCGGGCCCGGUGCUAUGAUUGGGGGGGAUGGUCGGGACGGGGUGUAUUUGACGGUUGUGCUGGCUGAUGGGACUGUUAUUAAGACUCGGCAGCGGCCGCGCAAGUCGAGUGCUGGCUAUGAUUUGACGAGGUUGUUUAUUGGGUCUGAAGGCACGCUUGGUCUUGUCACUGAGGCUACGCUGAAAUUGACCGUUAAGCCGCAGAGUACGAAUGUGGCUGUUGCUUCGUUUGGGAGUAUUGCUCAUGCCGCUGAGUGCGUGACGAGUGUUGUUGAGGCGGGGAUUCCUGUCGCUGGCGUCGAAAUCCUCGACGAUGUCCAGAUGAAGUGUAUCAAUGCUAGUCAGAGUACUAGUCGGCAGUGGAAGGAGAGUCCGACGAUCUUUUUCAAGUUUACGGGCACGCCUGCUGCGGUUAAGGAGCAGAUUGGGGGGGAGGAAAUGGCCGAGCUUUGGAGUGCGAGGAAGCAGGCUUUGUGGAGUGUGAUGGCUAUGCGUCGCGGGGCGGGUGAUCAUGUUUGGACGACGGAUGUUGCUGUGCCCAUGAGCAAGUUGCCUGAUAUUAUUGAGGCGACCAAGGCCGAUAUGACCGAGAGUGGUCUUCUGGCUGGUAUUUGUGGUCAUGUUGGUGAUGGAAACUUUCACGCCAUUAUCUUGUUUAAUGAUGGCGAGAAGAACGUUGCCGAGGGUGUUGUCCACCGCAUGGUGAAACGUGCCGUGGAGAUGGAGGGAACUGUGACUGGUGAACACGGCGUCGGUCUCGUCAAGCGGGAUUACCUUGCUCACGAGCUGGGUGAGACUACAGUGGAUGCCAUGCGCCGCUUGAAAUUGGCCUAUGAUCCUCUCCGUCUGCUGAACUGUGACAAGGUUGUCCGAAUUGAACAGCCCGCACCAGGCGAGGUCAAGGAAUGGUAA